AUGAAGGAAGGGUGUGAAAAUGUGCGGGAGAGGCGUGGCGGUGAUGCAGCUUGUGUCCGGAAACCAUCAGGAAUCACCCAGUGUGUGGCGACCGAGCAGCCCCAAGCUUCUGGCUUUGACCUGUCCUGGUACUUUGUUGGUCCGACACUUCCAGAACUCGCGGUGCAGGCUCUGCACAAGCUUUACGGGGUAGGAGGAUGCAAUCCAGUGGCAAUGGAAGAUGCCACUGAUGAUACUAGUGGAGGACGACCGACCAUUGUCAACAUCACCACUUCAUCCGCAGCCAGCAUGGAGGAGCAGGACCAGAACCUCGCUCACAUCCAUUGGUCAUGGCCUGAAGCCAUCGCCGCCAAUCCGGCGCGUUCACUGGCGACGCCAGACCUGGCGAUGGACUACUUUGCGCACUCGCCCUUCUUUGACACCCAGUCGAAUAACAGUGUGCUGCGGACCCAGCGUCGUGUCGAGAACCCGACAGAGCUUGUCGCCUUCCGCUCCGGGUUUGAGUACAUUGUUGCGCACUCCUUGCCGCCGAACCUGUUCGUCAUUCACCGGCGCAAUGUCCUGCCGGACGGAGGAAGGGGACCAGCGACGGCAGCCUACUUCAUCCUUCACGACAAGGUGUACCAGUCUCCUUCGCUGUAUGACGCCGUCUCGACGCGCCUGAGGAAUGCCACGCACCUUCUCGAAUCGACGUUCGACAGCCUCGAGAAGAACCGCCCGUCGUCUAACCCGCGUGCCGCCGGCGUAUGGAUAUCGAAGCCGCUUGAGGUCAAAGAGACCGAUUCGCGGGACACGCGCUCUGCCUCUGCUACCGGGUCUGGAACACCAGGCGCUGCAGCAGGUGAGAAGGACAAGGACAAGGAGACGGCGGACCCGAGUUUGAACGGCCAGAAGAAGGAGCAAAAGGGACCAGACUGGCACCUCUGGCACGCGCUGAACAUGACGACGGCGGCGAUGGAGGAUCUCGACCGCAUGGCGGCGUCCGACCCGCCGCAGUUCGACAGCGCCGCCGAGGCCAAGGCGCUCGAUGCGUCUGCCGCCGCCCUCGUCCGCCUUCAGCAACAGGCGCCGACCUCGGGACAGAGCCAGGCGCCGAUGCCCCAGCCCCAGAUCCAGAUCAACACCAACGUCGCCAACGCCCAGAGCCCGAUGGGCAUGUCGGCCGCGUCGCCGUUCCCGAGCGCCAUGGCCGGAUUGGCGGGCACCCCUGGUGCUGCGUCGAGUCCGCUGCGAUUCCGCAUGGCCGCCGACUCGCCCGCCCCGUAG